CAUUAAGGGACGCACGAAAGAAUUCUUCUCCUUAAAAAAUGUUGUAUUAUUACUUUUACUAUAAUUUGGGUUUCUGAAAAAACCCUUUUUUCAAGAUUGAAAUUAAAGCAAGAACGCAUUCUUUUCAAUCUUCAUACUCAAAAAUACAUUCAUAUUGUUUGCAUGUUUGUUUCCAAUUUUUGGCUAUUCGCUUGAGCUCCCAAAAGACUUGUUUUUUGGCUCAUCAGAUAAAUAUCAACGGCUCAAUUGUCUCAAAAAUUUCAAGAAAAGAAGCUGCUGGAGGAGUUGAAUGUUGAUUGCUAUUUGGACAAAGGGAAUGUUUUAUUGAGAAUUUUAUGACGUGUACAUACAAUGGGAUAAAUGAAGGAAUUGGGUGUUGUAUUUAAUGUAGCUGAGGGGAUUAGUAUAUGGGGUAUACUAGUAGGGGAAGGAGUUUUCCCUGUGGUUGUUCAGAUGGGUGCUGGGGUUUUUCACCUAAUAGUAUUACCACUUGAAUGGCUGAUUUCCAGAGGUCUAGUCUUGCUGAUAGGGACAUUGAUCAGGCCAUUGCAGCGCUUAAGAAAGGAGUAAAUCUGCUGAAAUAUGGGCGCAGAGGAAAACCCAAGUUCUGUCCUUUUCGUCUAUCGAAUGACGAAUCUGCGUUGGUAUGGUACCACGGCAAAGAAGAAAAACAGCUUGAACUGUGUCAUGUUUCAAGGAUUAUUCCUGGACAGAGAACUGCAAUAUUCCAGCGGUAUCCUCGGCCUGAAAAGGAGUAUCAAUCAUUUUCUCUCAUCUGUAAUGACAGAUCUUUGGACUUGAUCUGUAAAGACAAGGAUGAAGCUGAGGUUUGGAUUGCUGGGCUGAAGGCAAUAAUUACACGGGGACGCUCUCGCAAAGGAAGAAAUGAUGCAAGAAGUGAACCCGUGUUUCCUGAUAGUCCGUUUGGUGAACAAGUCACCACAUCAACUUCAUCUAUUGAUCAAGGAGACAAUCAAAGAACUGAGAAUCUACCUCAGAGCAGGCUCGGAAAAGCCUAUGCUGACAUUAUUUCAUACACUGCAGCUUCCAAGAGUCCUACACUUGCUGAAACAGUUGCCUUUAAUCUUAGCUCGUUGUCUUCUGGAACAGUUGACAACUCAAAUGCUCGAAGUUCUACGGCCGAUACAUUCCGAGUUAGUUUAUCUAGUGCCAUAAGUUCAUCCAGCCAGGGUUCUUGCCUUGAAGAUUUUGAUAACCUAGGAGAUGUCUUCAUUUGGGGAGAAGGUACUGGCAAUGGGCUAUUGGGCGGCGGUAAGCACAGAAUUGGCAGAUCAUCUGGUACAAGGAUUAAUGCUUAUACUCCCAAGGCACUAGAGUCAACUGUGGUACUUGAUGUUCAGAGUAUUGCCUGUGGUACUAAGCAUGCUAUGUUAGUCACAAAACAAGGAGAGGUAUUCAGCUGGGGUGAAGAAGGAGGCGGCAGGCUGGGGCAUGGGGCUGAAACAGACGUUUCACAUCCCAAGCUCAUCAACAAUCUCAGAGGAAUGAAUGUUGAGGUAAUUGCAUGUGGGGAAUAUCACUCGUGUGCUGUUACAUCCUCUGGGGAUCUAUACACUUGGGGUGACGGCGCUAAAAGUUCGGGCUUGCUUGGACACAGAAGUGAAGCCAGUCACUGGAUCCCAAAGAGAGUAUGUGGGCUCAUGGAAGGUUUAAGAGUGUCUCAUAUCUCCUGUGGGCCUUGGCAUACAGCUCUCAUAACAACUGCCGGCCGCUUGUUUACAUUUGGAGAUGGAACUUUUGGUGCAUUGGGUCAUGGGGAUCGUUCCGUAUAUAUUACUCCUAGAGAGGUCGAAAGUUUUAAAGGACUGAGGACACUCAAGGUUGCCUGUGGUGUUUGGCAUACUGCUGCUAUAGUUGAACUAAUGAGUGGAUUGGAUUCUGGACCAUCCGAUGGUCCGUUCGGAACGCUAUUCACCUGGGGGGACGGAGACAAAGGGCGACUAGGACAUGAUGGCGAUGAACCGAAGCUAGCUCCUGAGUGCAUAGCUGCAUUGGUUGACAUAAACUUCAGUCAAGUAGCCUGUGGCUAUACCAUGACCGUUGCAUUGACAACUGGGGGCCAAGUAUAUACAAUGGGUAGUACUGUUUAUGGCCAGCUCGGUUGCCCUCUAGCUAAUGGGAAGUUACCAAUUCGUGUAGAAGGUAAUAUCGCUGACAGUACUGUGGAGGAAAUUUCUUGUGGUUCACACCAUGUUGCAGUUUUGACUUCCAAAACAGAAGUUUAUACGUGGGGAAAGGGUGAAAAUGGACAACUUGGUCAUGGGGACUGCGAGAAUAAGUAUACGCCUACUCUAGUAGCUAUUUUGAGGGAUAAACAAGUAAAGAGAAUAGUGUGUGGUUCAAAUUUUACUGCUGCUAUUUGUGUACACAAUUGGGCAUUAAGUGCUGAUAAUUCUGUAUGCUUUGGAUGCCGUAUCCCUUUCAAUUUCAGAAGAAAACGUCAUAAUUGUUACAAUUGUGGGUUUGUCUUUUGCAAAGCAUGCAGCAGCAAAAAAUCACUUAAAGCAUCAUUAGCCCCAAGCACAAACAAGCCAUAUCGUGUCUGUGAUGAUUGUUUUGGCAAGUUACAGAAAACAGUUGAAUCAGAAUCUACGUAUCGAGUUCCAAAAGUCAAAACUGGAAAUUAUAAGGCUUAUGAGCAGACAGAUAAAGAGAGCGGGCUUCCUCUAUUUGUAGGCCAAACUUCCAGACUCUCGUCUUCUGACUCAUUCAACCGCAUUCAGGGAAGAAUUUCCAGGGUUGAUCAAAAUGAGAACCCUGCAUUAUCUUUUCAAAGUGAAAAUGCUCAGAGGGAAAGCUUUUCCUUACCUAAAUCACCAAUCAGUCCAUUUCGAGUUCCAAAAGGUCUCUUAUCGGCUUCUCUUCCGAGUGCGAGAGUGGUUUCUCAGUCGACAUCUCCUUCGCCAGGAAAGACAAGUCCAUCGUGGCCUGCAAUGCCAACUCCGUAUCGUCCUGUUCGUACAGCUGAAGUAGUUAUAGAUAAUUUGAAGCCUAUUAAUGAGAGCUUAAGCCAGGAGGUCAAACAAUUAAAGGCACAGUUGGAAGAUCUUGCAACCAAAUCUCAACUUCUUGAAGUUGAACUUGAGAGAAAGACAAAGCAGUUGAAGGAUGCUACUGCAAAAGCAGCUAUUGAAGCAGAGAAAAGAAAAGCAGCAAAACAAGUAAUCAAGUCUCUGACUGCCCAGAUGAAGGAGAUCACUGAGAGGCUUCCAGAAGAGCAGAUCUCCACCGGCAAUUUAGAUUUUAAUGCUGAACAAACAUCGUUUGACCGUAGCCGUCCUUCUAAUGGUAGUUGUGUAACCACCGCAGCCGUAACCGACUGCAGUGGUAGUUCUAAUACUCCUGUCUCAGCCAAGGGUAUCAAGUCUAGAAAGCAGAAGGCUGAGCGAAUGAUACAAGUUGAACCAGGCAUCUACCUGUAUCUUUUUUCCUUACCAGAUGGAGGCAAUGAACUGAAACGAGUUCGUUUCAGCCGUAAAAUCUUCACUGAGGAAGAGGCAGAGAAGUGGUGGAAUGAAAAUGGACAAAAAAUCUGCGAGAAGUACAACAUCACACCUAAUGUCUAAUUUGUAGCAACUUGGCAUUUGUUACUAUAUGGUGCUUUUGUUUUCCUGAGCCGAGGGUCUAUUGGAAACAACUUCUAGAUUCUGCAUUCAAACAAUAAAGAGCAGCAGUAUCGAGGGAUCAGCGGAAAUAGGAAAAGGGUAAAUUUUGUGUCUAUAUUUUCUUUGAUGUGUGCAUUUGUAUAUCAUUUUUUGAUGCAGAUGUCUCUAUUUUUUGAUGAUCUCGUUUCAACUAAUGGCUAGUUUUCGUGUAGUAUAACAGUAGUGAGUGAGAAAUUAACAAAUUUGUAGGUACAGUUUUUUUUUCCUGUGACUUUUAUUUAUGAAUUUGAUACAACAGUCAGAGUUGGGCAUUCUUUGUGAAGAGAGGAC